AUGCAUGCUAGGCAGGAUUGUCCAGCCCUAGCCCCACGGCGUGAUCCACCCAAAAGCGUCCGUGAUUUACGAACAGAUGAUAUUGAAGUCAUUGCUGCUAUUGGUGACAGUAUCACCUCCGGAUUCGCUUCUGUUAAUGUUGAUACACCGUAUUUUAGCCCCGAUCAACUGAGAGAAUUUCGCGGCCUUAGUUGGCUCAUGGGUGGAGAAUCAAACGCAGUUUCCAUUGUCAAUUUUCUGAGACCAUACUCACCCAACAUUGUCGGUGCGUCCAUGGGCGUGAAAGAAUCGAGCAUUUUCAUCAAUUCAAACGGCACCGUUGGGACGACAGGCUUUAAACACAACCCCGAAACAGAUAAUCUUAACGCGGCUUUGCCUCUGGCUACGAGCCGUGAUUUUAUGAACCAGGUCGAUUACUUGGUCGAGCGAAUUGGCAAGGGUACCGCACUUGGUGAUAAAUGGAAGCUGAUCAACGUCUUUAUGGGCUUUAAUGAUCUUGCCCUGUCAUGCAUGCCUGGCUGGGACUCCCAAGGCUAUGAAGCAAAUGUCAAAGCUGGACUACAAAAAUUGCAACAAAAUGUAGAUAAAGCCUUUGUAAAUCUCAUUGGGCUUUUCCACUUUGAAGAAUUCGUUUACAUCACAGAUAAGGAGCCGGGAUAUCGUAAACAUCUCCAGAAUAGUACGAUCGAUACACGCGAUUACGAGUGCGGAUGCUGCAAGAAACCUGGUGGGAUUGAGACGAUUAAACGCCAAGUGGAUCUCUACAACGCUGCACUACAAAGGAUUGCCAACCGAUACAACCCUCGAGUUCGACCGUUGCUUACAACGAAACUGGACGCCGCAUUAGGCUAUAAUAAUCUGGCCUCUGACACAUUCAUCGUUCGGUUCCAGCCGUUCGAUAUCAAUCCUAAUAGCGUACCGCCAGAUGCACUCAGUAACAUUGACGGAUACCAUCCUAAUCUCAAAGGUCUUGCUUUUAUGACAAAGUUGUUAUGGGAAGACAUGUUUCAGCCAUUGGUUCGAAAGCAAAGAGUGGCGAAUUUCCGCGAGGAUUAUCCUGUAUAUUGCCCCACAAAUGAUGACCGGCUCAAUACCCGCUAA